AUGCGUCCGUAGACUUCACUCAUUGAACAGAUACCAUGGCAGCCACCAAAGCCACCAAAGAACAGAAAUACGACAGGCAACUCAGACUGUGGGGUGACCAUGGUCAAGAAUCACUGGAGAAUGCACACGUCUGUCUCAUCAACGCCACAGCGACUGGAACAGAAAUACUGAAGAAUCUAGUACUUCCAGGCAUUGGAGCGUUCACCAUAGUGGAUGGACACACCGUUUCUGGGGAAGAUGUUGGAAACAAUUUUUUCCUUCGCAACAACACCAUUGGAAAGAACAGAGCGCAGGCUGCCACUGAGCUGCUACAAGAACUUAACAGUGAUGUCUCCGGAAACUUUGUGGAGGAGAGUCCAAACAAGCUUCUGGACAACAAUCCAGAGUUUUUCCACAGGUUUACCGUCGUCAUUGGGGUCCAGUUGCCAGAAAGCACAUGUUUGAGGCUCGGCUCCGUUCUGUGGAGUGCCUCUGUACCUUUCCUGGUCUGUAAAAGCUACGGCCUGAUCGGCUACAUGAGACUGGUGGUGCAGGAGCACACAGUGAUUGAAUCCCAUCCGGACAAUGCCUUAGAGGACCUGAGGUUGCUCCAGCCUUUUGCCGAAUUCAAGAGCCACAUUCAGUCCUACGAGCUUGACAGCAUGGACAAGAAGGAUCACAGUCACACACCGUGGAUCAUCAUCGUUGCCAAGCACCUGGAGAAAUGGCUCAGUGAGCACAACCGUCAGCCACCGAAGAAUUACAAGGAGAAAGAGGCCUUCAGACACUUUAUUCGGGAAGGGAUCCUGAAGAAUGAGAACGGUGUCCCAGAGGAUGAAGAAAACUUUGAAGAAGCCAUCAAGAAUGUCAAUACUGCUUUGAAUCCAACCAAGAUUCCCAGUGCUGUUGAAGACCUCUUCAAUAGUGAGGAGUGUAACAACAUCACAUCACAGACUCCGUCCUUCUGGGUGAUGCUGCGAGCUGUCAAGGAGUUUUCUCUCAAUGAAGGCAAUGGAAGCCUUCCUGUACGGGGAACCAUCCCAGAUAUGAUCGCAGACUCUCGGAAGUUCGUCAGCCUUCAGAAUGUUUACAGGGAAAAGGCCAUGCAGGAUGCAGCAGCUGUUUCUAAGCAUGUAGAAUGUCUGUUGCAGUCUAUUGGAAAGCCACCAGAGAGCAUCUCUGAGAAGGACAUCAAACUGUUCUGUAAGAAUUCGUCCUUUCUGAGGGUGGUGCGCUGCAGAUCUCUGUCUGAGGAAUACAGUGUGGAUUCAGUAAAUAAAGAUGAAAUCACCUCAAGCAUGGACAAUCCAGACAGCGAGAUGGUCUUCUACCUCAUGCUUCGCUCUGUCGAUCGCUUCUAUCAGCAGCACUCCCGCUACCCAGGAGUUUAUAACUACCAGGUGGAGGACGACAUCAGCAAACUGAAGCUCUGUGUGAACAGCCUACUGCAGGAGUACAGCCUCAAUGUCAACAUCAAAGACGAUUACAUCCAUGAGUUCUGUCGAUAUGGUGCAGCAGAGCCACACACAGUUGCUGCAUUUUUGGGAGGAUCUGCUGCUCAAGAGGCCAUCAAGAUCAUCAGCCACCAGUUUGUGCCCUUCAACAACACUUACAUUUACAACGCAAUGUCACAGAUCUCUGCUACCUUACAGUUGUGAAUACAGUCGGUGAUCCUGAGUUUGCUUACAGAAAUUAUCAGAGAAAACAGAGCAAGAUCAGAAGGACGGAGUCCAGGAAGACUUGCAAUAGUUUUGCGAGAUCCUUGCAAAAGAUUUCGGGUAAAAAACAAAAUGACUAUGGAGUGGACACACCCGUCGGUGCUUGCUGCAGACGUGCUGCAACAACUUAUUAAAUCUGAAAUAUAAAUAAUUUAUUCCAAUUACACAGUGGUUUAAUCAUCAGGUAAAUAGGCCUAAAUCAGUCUGCACCGAUCUAUGAAUGAAUGUGAUUCUUACAGUAUCAGCUGCUUUAUAGUAUGAAAAGCUUCUCCUUCAGUUCAUGAAAUCCCUGCUGCAUUUGAACGCAGCAGGACACUUAUGGCCGGUUAUGCACGGCAAUUAACGGUGAUGACUUUUAUUAAAUUGCCCCCACCCCCCACCUUGUCACUCCCUGGGCUCCGUACAAAAGACUGACUUGCGUUAAUAAAUCUAAAGUGCAAAGUAGGAAAACUGUUUGUUUUUCUUUUUUUAUCACGUUCGAAUGGGAUAACUGCUAAAUUGUGCACUAAACCUGAAAACGCUUCUCGUGCUGAAUAUCAGAGGUCACAGGUUUCUAUCGACCAUCAAGCUUUUUCUGAUUCCCAAAAGGUGUUGAAGGGAGAAGUCAGGAAAAGCACCGACAGGACGUUUUAGUGGCGGACUACACCACUGGAGCUGAAACUUGCAAAUUCAAAACUGUCGUGUAGUAUUUUCAUUUGUGAAAUGGAUGAAAUAUUACAAUGUAGCAGCACUUUGUUUACUUUAGUCACAACUGUCUCUUAUUGCUUUUGGAACAAGGUGGAAGAAUUCUGGUUAAAAUGAACGUGCUGUUUGUAGUGUUUGACUCUCAUUGCUAUGAAACAUUGAAUAUUUAAACUGAACUUGAUUAUUUUUAAUACAAAAGUGAAGUUGCCACAUAAUAAACAUGCAUGUCUUACAGUGUGCGAAAAUGAUUUGUCCCUUGCUCAUCGGCCAACUUUUUGAUUUGCACCUGUGUUCAAAUAGUCUGGUAAACACUUUGAGUUAGUUUGUCAAUUGUUGACUUAUUUAACAGUUGCAACAAGCAUUACAGUCAUUUAGCCUGAAUAAAUGUUAGCAUGAGAGCUUCUUGAGAAGCCCGUAAUGCGACUUUCCCCCCAUGCAGGACUCAAAUGAGACACAGUUCAUGAUGAGGUUUUAUCUAACACCAGAGGGCACCCUUCCAUCCUUAACUAUUUUAUAGUCCAGAGUUCAUUUCACAUAACUGUUCAGUGACCAAUUCUUGACCAUUGGAUACAGACUGCAUUUGAUGUAAUCGGCUGUGAGAUGUUAACAAAAACCUUUAUGAACCAAUGUGUCUCGAUAGCUGUCUUGAGAUGCCUUGAGAUGCAGAGGAUGCUGGUGUUCGUCAUGAAAAUGAUCUAAUGGGCAGCACAGAGUCCUGCUAGAGAAUUAUGCUAUGAGGGUCAUUGUGGUGUAACUGUUGGGCAGGGUGAAGUUUGUCUAUUUUUUUUUUCUCUUCAGACUUUGGCAGAAUGGAAGUUUGCCCUCAGCAGAUCUUUUCCUUUCAUCCCCCCCAGCUCUCCCCAUGCAGAGAUCUGUCUCACACACACACACACACACACACACACACACUCACACCCUCCGUCUGAGAGAGAGGAUAGAGCUUGUUGCCAAGAAGUGUUCUGGCCAUUUCCUAAAUGAAGAUUUCAUCCAAUGAUUGAUUAUAAUGUGUCCAUCCACCCACACUGCCUCUCAAGAUUAUCGUGUUUAGUCGCAGUGCCAGGUUUAUUAGGCCAAACCAGACAGUUUACCUUUCUGUUAAGUUAGAGACUGAAAAAAGGUUCAAGCUCAGUAAAAUAAACUACAUAAAGUCACCAGAGGUAUAAUAGUUGUUCAACUCUAUGCCUCUGCAAAAAUAACCUCUGUUGUACGGGUUCAACCAUGACAGGUUUUCUUCUUCUUCCCAGUUCUGUGCCCCCUCUUAAACAAACACUGAGGGAAUAGGGGUUCCUUUAAAGCACACUUAAUAUUACAUUAUUUGAGCGAUGUGUGUUCUAGGUCGUACAAUCCCUUAGUUAUACAAGACAUCUAUGAGGGAAGAUCUUUGUCUCUCAAGAUGAGUUCCAUUGUUAUAAUAUUGUGCUCUUAAUCACAUGUCCUAUAGCAGUUGUCACUGCUUUUAAGCCCCUUCAAACUCCUAAACAUCAUGUGAUUCACUUUUAAGCAGUUCAACAUCGACUCCCUCUGUCGUUCUUUCUUGUAAUGUGACUUCAAGACACUGCAGGAGGGGCACAAGGUGAAAUUGUUGAUCAGUGCAUCCAGCCAAUUUGUACACAGCUGUGUCAACAUCUAACAUUCAGUGCUGACCAUUUUAAAAACACCGGGAUGGCUUCAGUUAUUGUAUCUGCUUCACCGAUAGUGGCUGGUGUGUCUCCUGAAACCUUCACUCUUGUUAGGAUGGCUACUGACGAGAGAUAACAUAGAAACAAACAGGCCAAGAGGGUCGGAUGCAAACAUUUUGGGGCCGUUUUUUAUUUACAUUUCUUUAUUGAAGGGCUCAUAGGGUAAACAAAGUGAAGAGGAAUUAGAGAGAGAGGACAAGCAUGAUCAAAUAAAUGUGAUACAAAACAAACCACUACAACACAAAUAAUGCAUACUUAGUUGCAUAGAAUGCAAUGGUGUAUAGCUGAGCAGAUGUGCAAAUGUAAAGAUGCAUAAAUAAUUAAUUUCAUAAUUAAAAUGAAAUGAAUGCAAAAAAAUCAACAUCAAGACGUUUAAUCCAUGUCAGUAAAAAGCAGCGUUUGUCUUAUAUGAAAAAUAAUUUUCACCAUACAAUACCUCAAUACAUAAAUGAGAAGUGUGAGUUGAAAGUGAUGCACAGUGUCAGAGUAGUCGUGCUUGUAGACAUUCCUGUAACUACAAAAAAGGGAAAUGUGUCUUUAUUAUGUAAUUAGGCAAGUGUACAUAUGUCACGUUUCAGUCAGCAGCAGGUUUGUUAGCACGAGGUUGAUAUGUUCCUCUUAGAACUAAUGGACAAAUUAAACACUUCAAUGCACAUUCAACUUCAGUUCAUGCUGUGCUGUACGUGCGUAUGUAUGUGUUUUAUUUCUCUUGUGCUGUCGUGGAACAUGUCCCUCAUUUCAUAGUUAGCCUCAUGGCUAUCGCAUGCCAGCAGGUGAGCAUUUCAGGACAGAACCUUCAGUACAUACAUCUUUCUCCUGAACAAGCAACGCAGUCCACAACCCUGCUACAGUAAACUAGCAGGGUUGGUUCAAAUUAAUAGUGAGAAUAAGAACCGCUUAAUGCUAAAAAUACUUAUGAAGUCAGCUAACUGUCCUAUGCCACACAGCAUCUAUCUGAAGUUUGCUAACAUUAUACCAGACCAAGUAGGACUAUAGCUGUAAAUACCCUCAGUGAAUUGAAUUGAGCGCGGUUAUUGCUUAGGAGUUCCACUUUUCAUACUUUUUCUUCCGUCAAAAGUUACAUAUAUUCUCACUUAUAUAU